AGCGUUCUACAGGUACAACAGCAACAGAUACAGAUACAGAUACAUUGAGACAUAGUAUCUAAUAGAUACACUUGGCAUGUUGGCCUGAAGUUUUGUGUGUUCUUUGAGGCUGCUUUUGGCGCAGUCGUUGUUCAAAUUUUGCUGCCUGCUGAGGCAACGCAGCUUCACAAAUUUUCAUUUCGGCCAAGGUUGCAGACAGCGACAACUUGAGAUCAUAAAAUAAAUAAAACUUGCCUAUUGUAUGUACAUUGUACGUGUGUGUGUGUGUGUGUGUGUGUGUGUGGGAGUGCGUGUGUGUAAGUGUGUGGGUGUCUGUAUUGACCAUAUGCGAGAUUUGCAACGUUUAAUUCCCAAUUCAUUGCAACAGUUUAAACAAAAGUCAAAGCCAACAACAACAAUAACAACGAAAAUGCAAUAAAAGUGCCAAAAAAAAAAAGAAAUUAAAAUAAAUGAAAAUAAAAUAAAGCAAAAUUACGACAAGAUAAAUCACAAGCACGCAAAGGAAGUGUGUUAAGCAACAACAACAACAGCAACAACAAGAAAGGGGAACUGUGAACGAACAACAACGACAACAACAGCAACAACUGCAACAUCAACAAUGAUCAGCAGAUGGAGCUGUGCGCCGCUGGCGCUGCUGCUGCUCCUCAUAAUGAUGUUGCACUCGAAUCGACAUCAGGUCACGCACGCCUACAACAUCGAUCUGCCGAGCUACGUGCGACAUCGUCAUUCCAGCAAUUCCAUGUUCGGCUUCAGCAUUGCACUCCACAAGGGACGCGCCGGCUUUGGCAACUACAAUUCUUUGGUUGUGGGUGCACCCAAGUACGAUACAUCCAGGUAUCAGGAGAAUGUCGUUGAGGCUGGUGCCGUCUUCAAAUGCACAAUGAAAGACGAUGAAUGUCAGCUGGUUGCAUUCGAUUCAAAAGGCAACAAUCGCAAUACCAAGAGCGAAGUCAUUGAUCGCAAGUCGUAUCAAUGGCUCGGAGCGACAGUAGCUACAGGCAGACAUAGUGAUUUGGUUGUGGCCUGCGCACCGCGUUAUGUCUUCCACACGAUGACGCCAUCGAGGGCGAUGCGCUAUGAUCCGGUCGGCACCUGUUUUACCUCGCACAACUUCAUGCAGUUCACUGAGAUAUCACCGUGUCGCACAAACAACUGGGGAUAUCAUCGACAAGGCUCGUGUCAGGCUGGUUUCAGUGCGGCUGUCAACAGUAAUGGUUCACGUUUAUACAUUGGCGCACCUGGCAGUUGGUAUUGGCAAGGACAAACCUACUCAAUACCGCCCGAUGCCGAGUUUCCAUAUAAGCCGCCUUAUUAUCAGCCCUUCGGCACUGGAGGUCAAGCGAUAUCACAGGAUGUAACGAAGCCAGAGAAUCAAGUAUUCUCCACCGCCGAAUCGACGUCGGCAAAUGAUGAUUCCUAUUUGGGUUACUCAAUGAUCACCGGUGAUUUUGAUGGUGAUCGUAGCGAGGAUGUUGCCAUUGGUAUGCCACGUGGUGCCAAUUUAGUUGGCAAGAUCGUUGUCAAUCGCUGGAAUAUGGCCAACAUAUUUAAUAUAACCGGUCGCCAGAUUGGUGAAUACUUUGGCUAUGCUCUGGCCACCAGCGAUGUGGAUGGCGAUGGACUCGAUGAUCUAAUCAUUGGAGCGCCCAUGUAUACGGAACUCGGCAAUGUCGAGGGCAAAUACGAUGUGGGACGUGUUUAUAUAUUGCUACAAGGUGGCAACUCUGCGUCGGAGCAUUGGACUCGGGAGCAUAUACGUGAUGGUUUCCACACCAAGGGUCGCUUUGGUCUAGCUUUAUCCACUUUGGGCGAUGUGAAUGGUGAUGGCUUUGGUGACUUCGCUGUGGGUGCACCCUACGAUGGUCCCGAGGGUCGUGGUGUAGUCUACAUUUAUCACGGUUCUCCGGCGGGUCCGCUACCGAAACCCUCGCAGAUCAUCAAGGCCGAGCAAUUGGUGGAAGCAGCACCUUAUCCACGUACCUUUGGCUUCUCAUUGUCCGGCGGCGUUGACAUGGAUAACAAUACGUAUCCCGAUUUAGCCGUAGGUGCCUAUGCCUCCGAUCAGGUUUACAUCUUUAGAUCCCGCCCUGUGGCCGCUGUCAAUGCGGAAACCCUUUUUUCGAGCACUACAAAAUUGAUCAGUCUGGAUGAUCGGACGUGUCAACUGCUACGCGAUGCCACCAAGGUACCUUGUAUGCCUCUCAGCACCUGCUGGAGCUAUACCGGCCGCUUUUUGCCCAUGCAAUUGGACUUUGAUGUCUCCUGGCUGUUGGAUGCGAAGAAGACACGCAAUCCCCGCAUGUUCUUCCUCAGUGACGAGGGCAAAAACACUCGCAAUCGGACCAUCCGCCUCAACUAUGGCCAGCGGUUUUGUCUCAAUGAGACGGUCUAUCUAAUGGACGGUGUUCAGGAUAAGUUGACGCCCCUGGAAGUCGAGGCUCGUUACAAUCUACACAGCAGUCGACCCCUCGACUCGAUGGUGCGACGUCGUCGUGAGGCCCUAGAGCCGGUUAUCGAUCAAAAUCGAGAGAUCAUUCUCCGUGAUGCGAUCAAUAUACAAAAGAAUUGUGGAGCGGACAACAUCUGUGAACCGGAUCUCCAUGUGGAUGUCAAAACCAUCGACAAGUAUUACUUUGGCUCGCCGGAUCCUCUUCAACUUGAGGUGCUCGUGAAGAACAAGUAUGAGGAUGCAUUCGAGGCGGCUUUCUACAUGAUCACGCCAAAGGAUCUGCAAUUCACCAAACUCCAACAAUUGGGCGAUAAGAGUGAUAUGCCCAUCACCUGCUCAGCUCCCAGUGAAAAGAACAAUUUUACUAUCAAAUGUGAUAUCGGAAAUCCUCUGCAAGGUGGACAUUUGAGUCACUUUGCCAUCAGUUUUGUGCCCGCCGGAAAGAACACCACGGCAAAUAGCUAUAACUUUUAUUGGGAGGCCAAUUCAACAAAUCCCGAUAGGGAGAACUCCAAUUUGGAUAAUUACGGCAGCAAGAGCAUCUUGAUUGAUGUGAAAACCGAUUUGACCAUCAAGGGCACCUCACUGCCGGACUAUCAGGUGUACAAGGCUGAUGACUACAAGGCGCCAGAGAAUGCAACCAUCGAGGAGGAACUGGGUCCUCAAGUCGUUCACAUCUACGAGCUGCGCAACAAUCACAGCUCCUACAUCAAGCGUGCCGUCGUUGACAUUUAUUAUCCGUAUAAAACCCUUGCAGGAGAUCAUCUCAUGUACAUACUCAAUCAGCCGGAGAUGGGAGGAAACAUCCAUUGUGAUGACAUCGAGGUGAACGAGCUGAAUGUCAAGUUGAAUGAGAAGCUGAAGAGCAAAUCCUAUUUGCACGCCCAAGGCGCCAUUAGCAACUCCGUAACGCAGGAGGCAGAAGCGGAAGCAGCCGGUAGAGACGGAGGUGGCCACUUGGAGAUCUCACGUGGAACUCAAGCUGGCAGCAAUGUGGGCGUCGCCGUCGGCAAUGACAUUCAACGCAGCCUGACAGAGAAGCAGAAGGAGCUGCUGGAACGGGAGGAUGCCCAGGAUGCGGCUGGAGAUGCUUCCUAUGUGCACUUGAAUCGUGCCAAUCAAGCGGGUGUCGAACAGGAGUCGAAUAUCAAUAAAACUAGCACCACAUUUACACGUACCGGCUUUGGUGGUGGUGUUGGUGGUGGUGCACCCAAUGCGGAGAUCCGUGGACACAGCACAAUGGGCCACAUACAGAUGGCACCACCCCAACAGGUCGUGUCCAGUUCCAGCGCCAGUUACCAGAUGAGACCACAACAGCAACAACAGCAGCAACAACAGCAACAACAACUUUAUUUGGCGGGUGCAGGUGCUAGUGGUGGUGGUGGUGCUGGUGGUGGUUACGGUGGUGCAGCGGACAAGUCCUUCUAUGGCGGACGCAAUGGUGACUUCCAUGCCGGCACACUCGAUCUGGGCUUCAAUCGUGGCAAUGUGGACAACGAACUGCACAACACUCAUGGACAGGUUCAAUAUGUACAGCCGAUGGUGCAACAUCAUGUGACUUACAGUUCCGGCAGUAAACCCUACUAUGGUCGCGAGAACGAGGACUUCUACGACGAGGACAGUCAACAGCAGAAGGCACUGGGUCAGGCUCAGGCUCAGGCUCAGGGACAAGGUCAGGGACAAUGGAGAACCUCCAGUUCGAGUUCAUCCUCGUCGCAGCGACGCUUUAGACGUGAUAUUCCCACGCCGGAAGAAUUGCAGCUGGAUGCAUCGAAUAAGACGGCACCGUGUCAGGGUAUCAACUGUCGUGUCCUGCGUUGUUAUGUCGAGAAUCUUGGCUAUGAUGAUGGGGAAGCCGCUUUUGUGGCCAUUAGAGCACGCAUGGUGGCCAAGACCAUGGAGAAGGUGGCCUUCAAUGUGCCACUGAACGUGUCCACGCAGGCAAUUGCCAAGGUCACGCAGCUGCCCUUCAUUGGUGAGCCUAAGCUGGAGAUUAAGAAGUCCCAUGAGAUCUUCUAUAAGGCGCAACCGGAGCCGCUUCAGGUUCCGGAUGUGGUGCCACUUUGGGUGGUCGUGUUGGCCGCCUGUGCAGGUGCACUCAUCUUCCUUCUUCUCGUACUGUUACUCUAUAAGUGCGGCUUCUUUAAGCGCAAUCGGCCCGCGGAUCAUUCACAGGAGCGUCAACCGUUGCGCAACGGUUACCAUGGCGAUGAGCAUCUGUAAAGCGCACGCUUACGUUACCGUCACCGUCACCGUCACGAAACGGCAACCAACAUUACGAACAAUUAACAUCGCACUAAAACAACGUACUAAAACGCAAAACGGUUCUAAAAACAAUACAUGUACUAAAUAACCACGAAUGCGCUCAGCCAAGUUUCAAACCACGCGCGCGCUUAACGAAAACUAAAAUGCAAAAUAUUUGAAAAGAAAAUAUGCACAGAAAAAACAAUAGAAAACGAUGUUGCGAUGAGUUUUUUUUUUUUUGAUAAACAAAAAACACGUAAAACUUGCCUAGUCACGAAAUUAAGAACUUUCUAAAGCGAAAAGGUUUAAUUCAUUUAUGUUUAUGUUCGUUUAAUUAUAAUUAUAUGUUUUUUCUAUGGAACUUGAAUUUGAUAGAGGAGCUAAAAGUGCUAUAUUAAUCUGUACUAAAGAAGUUAACUAUGUUAAGUUAGUGUGCAUGUGAGUAAGUGUGAAUGUGAGUGUAAAAGAACGUGAAUGAGUGUUAGCUAAUAUGGAAAACGAGACCACAAACAAAUGAUGAAAAACAUGAGUUGAUAAUUAAUAUAAACGAAUAAUUAUUUUAAAAUAAAAUAUAAAUAAAUGCUGCCCGCAGAGAAGCUUUGAGUUAAGGCGUCACACUGCCACGCCCACUGGCGCCAGCGGCCCAGCAGUAGCAUACAUAGCAUAAAGCAAAAAUAAUAGGUGCUACUUUAGGAUGUUUUCUUUUAUAAUUAAUAUCUAAACAUUAUUAAAACUUGUCAAAUUGUUGGCGUUUUUUAUUCACCGAGCAAUGUUUGCGUGUGAGAAUGUCCUUCUAUUUUUUUUAUCACAUCAAAUUAUUGAAAUUGUUUGCCAAACUCAAAGUUUGUCAGUCGCAACGCCAAAAUGUGUUAAUGCAAAACUAUUAAAUAAUAAUAAUAAAUUGUGUAAUUUUUUUUUUGUAAUUGUAAAACUAUUUGUGUACAUACUAAAAACAAACAAAACAAAACAAAAAACAAUUAAGGCGUUUAUUACAAUUAAUAUGCAUUUAUUUCCAAACUACACCGCAAGAAGCGCAGUUCGACUUCUUUUGGUGUACUCUCGAAAUAAAUUAUGGGAUUACCCAUUGUCUACCUAUUAUUUAAACAC